AGGACUAAUAGUGCGUUGUGUUCAGCGGUAUAUGUGAAUUUUCUUUCUGAUUUCUGUGAGAAUUGUUGUGGAAAUUGAAUGGUUUCCUAUAGUAUUCCUGCUAUCAUGAGUGGACCUAUACCAUUUGGUUCGUUAGCUGCCAGGUAAUUUUUACUGGCUCCAGCGUGUGCCUUGAACUGUUCAAGCGCUCCUAGCCUGUGUCUGACCGUUCAAGUGAAGAUGCAUCACUAAACACUAUUGUAUGUUCUCUUCAUUGGCAGCUUUGCUGACUGAUAGUAUAUGACAACCGCAGCACAAUAGUCUUUGUUUUCUGUCACAAACAAUUGCAGAGAACAAAAAAAAAAGGAGCAAUGAAGAAGUACUCAACCAACGGCAAGUAUCGCGAGUUCACAACAAGCACAAAGUCAACUAGAACCGGUCAACACCCCAAAUAUCGUUAAAUUACCUCCGAAUUUGCGAGGUAUUAACCCAGAUCCAGGUCAUUUGGGUUUGCUGGUCAACUCUUGUGAUCCGGACGCCAUUAGGAGGCGUAAUCGGGUCGAUUAAGUCGGUCCAAACUCCAAACACCCCCACACUAUAUACUCAUCCAACUUAAGGAGAGAUGAAAGUUAUGAGAGUGCCUUGAGCUCUCUUCAAAAGUUCAAACCAAGGGGAUUAGAUACUGACUGUCCUUAGAGUUAUCCGUGUUUGGGUUUCAUGGCGAAUCUUGUGGCAAUGAACAUAAAGAGGAAGGACGUCGAGGUGGCAAGCCAUGGAUUCGCCAUCUUCCUUGAUCCCAAGAGGAUCAAGCUACAGGAUGCGUCUGUGAUUCCGGAAAUGAUGGAAGAAGAGAAACCACUUGCAGAUGCAGAUUCAGAUGCAGGUGCUCCACCAGCUGGUAUGCAUCCAACCAUGAUCAUGCCCUUACUGUCGCCGCCAACUCAGGGCCAAGAGGCUAAUGCUCAUGGCAUCACUGUGAGCACUGAAUAUGGGAGCAAAUCUUCAGAGGCACCAUCGACCGCAGACCAGGCGGCGCCGAUGGACAUCGAGGAUGAUGUCCGGCAGCCGCAGCCGGGCCAGCAUCCUCAGUUCUGGUCAGGUUUCUUCUGAUGACUGGCACCUCCAACUCCAAGUCAUGCAACAAGGCGCUGCUGUUCGAUUCAGCUACUGUCACCUGCUAGGUCUGUACAUGUUGGAUUGAAUUUGCUGCUGCAACGUGUAGCUUCGUGCACUUGGCGCUGCUGCAAUGUAUGCUAGUCUUCAGUUGUUUGGUACAUGUAGUUUCUCUGUUUAAGGUAUACUGAUGUAAGCAUGUGAUGUAUGGAAUAGUUUUUAUUUAUUUUU